UGCACUUUAAGGGUCCCUUAAAGAAAUAGCAUGAAGAGAUUAGUAUCAUGUUAAAUAUGAUGUAUUCAUGGAAGAGUGUGUUCAGAAAUAAAGCUCAAUAGAGAAAAUCCAAUUGUUCUAACCCCUCAGCGGUGAUUGAACUGUUUCUCAAUCUCCCUGGAUUGGUAGAAUUUCUUACAAACGAGCGAUUGGAAGAAGACAUGCCUGGAAAAAAUUAAGGCAGACAAGGUAGAGCAGGGAAGAACACAGAAUGGCUCAAAGAAAGGGUUCAAAGCGCGUAGAGGUGGGCGAUGACGAAGCCGUUGUCCCGUUGCAGGCUGUUCUCUUGGCAGACAGCUUUGCUCAGAAGUUCCGCCCUAUCACCAUGGAGCGCCCUAAAGUGCUCCUGCCGUUAGUGAAUGUUCCUAUGAUUGACUAUACGCUGGAAUGGCUUGCAUCUGCUGGUGUUGAGGAAGUUUUUGUGUUUUGCUGUGCUCAUGCAAAGCAAGUGACAAGCUAUAUAGAAAAUUCUGUCUGGCAAGCUCAACGAAAUCUCACUGUUACUACUAUUGAAUCACAUGAUUGUGUCAGUGUUGGUGAUGCCCUACGCUUUAUUGAUCAACGGAAUGUGGUGCGAGGUGAUUUUGUGCUUGUUAGUGGUGACACUGUAAGUAACAUGUCUCUGAAACAAGUGCUCCAAGAACACAAGGAAAGAAGGAAAAAGGACAAGCUUGCUGUGAUGACUAUGGUGGUUAAACGCACUAAACCUUCUUCCGUUACACAUCAAAAUCGGCUAGGAAAUGAUGAGCUGUUGUUGGCUGUUGAUUCAGAAACCAGACAACUUUUAUAUUAUGAGGACAAGAAAGAUUCUGGAAAAGCAAAUGAGUUUACAGAAAAUAUAAUUCUUGAUCGGUCAAUAGUUGCUGAUAGGCCAGCUGUAAAGCUAUGCAAUGACCUUCAGGACUGCUUCAUUGAUAUUUGCUCCCCAGAAGUGCUCAUGCUCUUCACUGACAAUUUUGACUAUCAACAGCUCAGGCAUGAUUUUGUGAAAGCCUUGUUGUGUGAUGAGGUUAUGGGUUAUAAGAUCUUCACCCACGAAAUCCACUCAGAGUAUGCUGCAAGGAUUGACAAUUUCAGGGCUUAUGACGCUGUUAGUAAAGAUAUUCUUCAACGUUGGACGUAUCCACUGGUGCCAGAUAUCCUAUUUUCAAGUAAUGGUCCUCCAAUAAGAGUGGAUCGCCAGGAAUAUUACAAAGCAGCAGGUGUGGUACAAUCACGAUCUGCAAUAGUUGGCGGGACAACAAUGCUAGGAGAGGGUACAAUCAUUGGUGAUUAUUGCACUAUUACUGAUUCUGUAAUCGGGAAAGGCUGCACUAUUGGUUGCAAUGUUAUUGUAGAAGGCUGUUACAUUUGGAACAAUGUGACGAUCCAAGACAAUGCUAUUCUAAAAUAUGCAAUUGUUUGUGAUGGGGCUGUUAUUAGGGCUGGGGCUGUUCUAGAACCUGGUGCUAUCUUAUCUUUUAGAGUGGUUAUUGGACAAAAUUUUACUGUUUCAGCAUAUUCAAAGAUCUCUCUAAUAUCUCAACCUACUGAAGAAGAUAGUGAUGAAGAGUUGGAAUAUGCAGAGGCUGCAAGUGGGGCAACAGAAAGUCCAAAAAAUCCUUUAUCAGUUGAGGAGAAUGGUAUGCAUGGUCAGAAUGGACAAUUAGAUGAUGAAUCAAUUGAUGCACAGCAUUGGGAUGUAUCACAGGUCGGGGUUUCUGGUGCUGGUUGUAAAUGGUCAGUCAUGGAAGGAAAGGAAGAAGAAGAAUGGAGGCAUUCUAUUGCGGUAAUUCCUGCAGGAAAAAUUCAGGAAUUGGUCCUGAAAGAUAAAAUUGAUUAUGAAGACACUGUGCUUGAUAUAGGGGCUGGGAAAACAUCAUCUAAGCCGGACUCUGAAAGUAUUGAUGAGGAAUAUGAAAAGCCGGAUAAACUGGCCGAUGAUUUUGACAAAGAGGUAGAGGCCACUUUCCGAAGAAUCGUUUUAGAAGUUCCAGGUGUUCAGCAAGAUCAUGUGAUUUUAGAAGUGAAUGCGUUGAGGUUAGCAGAAAAUAUGUCAUUCACUGACUGUGCUGGAGGUCUUUUCCGUGCAAUUAUGAAUGUAGCUUUAGAGGCACCACACACCAGUCAAGUUGAGCUCAUCAUAAAUACAAAAAGUGUAACGACAAAGUGGAAGGAUUUGUUACGGCACUACUUAAAAAGUGAAGAUGAUGAGAUUGAGGUGCUCCUGAAAUUUGAAGAAAUUUGCUUGGAAUCAGGAAAAGAGUUUGCUCCAGUAUUCUCAAAGGUUUUGGAAAUAUUAUAUGAUAAUGAUAUUGUGUCUGAAGGUGCAAUCUGUAAAUGGGCAUCUGAGAAAGAGGAAGCAGAUGAGCUGGACAAAGUCUUUGUCAAACAAUCUGAAGCCUUUAUCAGUUGGUUGCAGGAAGCAUCAGAGGAAGAAGAUGAAGAGGAAGCCUAGAAUGAUAAGGUCGUUGGUUUGAGAUUUUUUUUUUGGUAGUGAACUGUAUAUUAGUGAUUUUCCUCAGCAACUGAGAGGUUUGAGUGCACAGUGGAAAUCUAAUUUCCCAUGUUGGUUUAUAUUUAUUCCGUAGUUUGUAGGAAUUUUUGGUCUGAUGGAAGUGUACUUGUAAUCAAGUGGUGCGGGAUUAUUUUGUAUAUUGAAAGAUAUAGGAAUAAAACUAUUAGCUUUAGAAGGGCACUGAUACCUGACAGAGAAUUUGAACAACUGUUAGGCAUUAAGAGCUAAUACUGUAAGUCUGGAAUAUCACCUUUCACUCUGAUUUUCUGGCGUGAUUUCGCUUUUUGAUAAUCCUUUCUGUAACAUUUUUUAUUUUAGUUUUCAAUUUGGAAUUUAAUAUUUUUUUCAAAGAAAUGGGAUGAGGAAGUUGGUUAUUAUGUUAAGGAAAAUAUUCAAAAUGAUAUAUAUAAUAUUCAAGAUGAUGAAGAA